UCCAGACAUUCCAAAGGUCUGACGUCACACAUUCCUAAGGUCUGACGUCAGAGCAUUCCACAGGUGUUCUAUUUAUAGGUUGAAUAUGGUUAUUGUUGACUGAACAAUGAGGUUAUGAAUAAUAAAAAAGGUAUGCAGGUGUUGUAUUCUUUGAUCGUGUUUGACUUUUGUAACGAGGGUAUGGGGUCCACGAAUUGUUUAUUGGAGGGUAGGGGGGAAGAUAUUUCGCUUUAUAGGCAGGUGUGUAGAGGUUACAUUGAGUUCACGCCAAGUGUAGCUAUACCUGCAUUAAGGGACAAUGACCUCCGCCAUUAAGCUUGACAGGUGAUUUUGUCGAUUUUGUUCUAAGCCAAUAGUUUUAAUCUACAUAUUUGUGACAGGGUGUAGUUAAAUUUUGGUUUUAAGUUUCGAAAAUCUAGGUAUAAAAGGGGGGGUGAUUACCCGUUCAAAUGUAGAAUUGUUUUAUGAAGUUGAAAACAAGAGAUUAACAUCAUGAGUAUCGACUUGUAUCGAAAGGAUAUUGGAAAUGAUUAUUUGGUUGUAAAAUGUAUUUGGCAAGAAGAUGUGUGUUAUCACAUCAGACUGUAUGGUUACGGUUUUAAGAGUGAUAGAUAUCCAACACCCAAUGGUAUCAUGUUUUUCGAGCGGCAAUGGCAGGCAUUGAUGAACACUGCCUCAGAGAUAGAUGAGUAUUUACAAAAAAACAUUGUAAAGAAAUCAGUGCCUAUUGGUAAUGACGUGUACGUAACGAUCGACAACAAAUACCCUGGAGUCAACAUUCGUAAAUUUUGGUGGUGUGAAGAGGAACGAAUGCCAAAACCUACCCGAAAGGGUGUUCAUUUAAACGUGAAACAAUGGGAGGCAUUGAAAGUUAGCUUCAAAGAGUUGUGUGAAAAUAAUUUUACGGGUGAGGAACCACCCCUAGGUGUAGUAGGCUUAGCAAAGGCGGAGACUUGUGUAUAAUUUCUGUCCAACGUAUUUUUUAUUGGGCGGUCUGUGCGAACCAAUAAUAUAACGAGUUGUAUAUAUAUAUAUAAAUAGAUGCCUAACUAUUGAGUUAUCAUACGAAACAACAUGGCUUCACCCAAGAUAUCAGAUGUUUCAGUCGGUUUGACAUUGAGUUUAGGGGACAAUGAUAAUACAACCCCUGAAAUAUUACUGAAGGCUGGUUAUUUAGGGUUGAAGCGUAAAAUGGUUUUUAAGAUGACAUUAAAAGAAUGGAGUCGGGUUGUUGAUCGUUUCAAAAGAUAUUUAUCCUGUACAAAACCUACCAAAUUUGCCAUCAACAGUGAGUUAAGCUGUGAACUGGGAACCGCCCGCCAAAUGGUUCUGGAGAGAAAAAAUGGUAGACAAUUGGUGAUACCCGAAAAAACCUUUUCCGACCUAACAGGCGUGUCUCGAGUUACAAGAUCGUUCAAGCGCGGUCGUUAUCAUGUGUAUGGUUGUUCGCCUGCCAAGUCGGGUCUCGGGGUAAAGGAUUGGAGUUUGUUAAAAUCUGGACAGACGUGGCACAAUACUCCAGAGGAUUGUGUUUCUGCAGCAAACAAUGAAGGAUGGGACCAGCCUGAUUGCUACAGCACGGAAGUACGCGUAGAAGGGGUCUACGCCGAAAAUCAACUCAUUUUCCACGAGGAUCUUGUAGAUGCGGAGGAACACGUUACACACCUCGUACCGUGCACCAUGUGCUCAAAACCUAUGCAUGUCAAUGACGAUCAUUACUGUCCUGCCGAAAAUAUACGUACGUUAGUUGUGCAAAUAUUGGGAGACAUGAUCAACACGGAGAUUUCAAAAAGUGUAACCGGUCGCUGUGAAGGCUGUCUCAAUGGUCGUGGAGGGCAGCUUGAACAUACAUGCCUGGGGAUCGACUAUUGGUUCGAUGAAAUCAACUUUGUGGACUUGUACUUCGAAUCCUGUUUUCUAGAGUUGAAUAAAGAUCGUUUUUUACAGAUAGCACGAUUCGUCCCAGAGAUUCGCGAUCAGAGCGAAGAGUUGUUUCCAAUACAACGUUGCGUGUAGAAACAACUCUUCGCUCUGAUCGCGAAUCUCUGGGACGAAUCGUGCUAUCUGUAAAAAACGAUCUUUAUUCAACUCUAGAAAACAGGAUUCGAAGUACAAGUCCACAAAGUUGAUUUCAUCGAACCAAUAGUCGAUCCCCAGGCAUGUAUGUUCAAGCUGCCCUCCACGACCAUUGAGACAGCCUUCACAGCGACCGGUUACACUUUUUGAAAUCUCCGUGUUGAUCAUGUCUCCCAAUAUUUGCACAACUAACGUACGUAUAUUUUCGGCAGGACAGUAAUGAUCGUCAUUGACAUGCAUAGGUUUUGAGCACAUGGUGCACGGUACGAGGUGUGUAACGUGUUCCUCCGCAUCUACAAGAUCCUCGUGGAAAAUGAGUUGAUUUUCGGCGUAGACCCCUUC